ACUUGGUUUUUAUGUUUAUUUUUAACCUGUUGAAUUAUCACCGAGCUAUUUAUAAAUCGUGUGUCCUUGGCCUCAUUGAUAGCCAAUGAAAUUGCAGAUAAAUGAUCACCUGAUUGUCACUUUUGUUUAACCCUGUAUGAAGAAGGACGCUUUUAUGACACAAAGAGAUUGUUUGUUCUAUAAGUUAAUAGACGGGAAAGUUAAAGUUCUGGCCGUGAACUUCAGUUUAACUUAAAAGUAAUGCACGCGGGAAGAUUUGUUCUUUGACAAAUGCGGUUCCACUAAAACGUAAGUGUGCAAUUCAAUGAUUUAUUGGACCAUGCGCCCAAGGUACUGCCUACCCCAAAAUGGCGGAUCCUGUUGUUGUGGGCAUCAUCGGACAUUCCUAUGUAAAACGUUUGGAACGAUUUAUACUGCAAAAUCCUGUGUAUAAAAACUUGUGUCUGAACGAAGGUCGUAUUAAGGUGUGUUUUCGAGAUCAAGGCGGCUUGUCGGUAUGUGGUCUGGUUAACUCGCCGAGAUUGUGCACGUUUCCGAUAGUCCCAUCAUUGUGUUUCCUGGAGAUCGGGGGUAAUGACGCUGCUACUCGUCCAGCUAAUGUGAUAGCUCAAGAUAUUUGGUCAUACACAAACUAUCUGAUACAUGUUUUGGGAGUUAAAAAUGUGAUUAUCGGGCAGCUACUACGGCGGGACCCAUGGAAAUCUCCAUUGGGCUACAAUACCGAAGUACUGCAGAUCAACAAACACUUAGAUCAGCUAACUGCCAAUCACGAUCAGGUCCACUUCUGGAAGUACAGAGGGUUUGGGGACAACUUGUCGUACCUGGGGCGCGAUGGUGUUCAUUUACAAGAAGUUACGAGUGAAGAUUCCCCAGCACCUAUGGUGAAAUACCCCAGGAGCAUAAAAUAUGCAGUGCAUAACAGAGUACAGAAAUUCAAGGCCAGUUAUCACUUAUAGUAGUUAAGAAUGGCAUUUGUAACGAAUUUCAGGCCUAUAUUCUAUUUCGUUCAGGUCUGAAUCUAAUGUUGUUGAAUAUACAAAUAUGUUUGUCAUGUGCUCAGCUUUAAAGUUUCUAGGUACUCUUACUCUGAUACAGGCGUUUUAAGAAUUUUAGUCUGUACAGAAUUUGCUUCUAAAUCUCUGAGUACUGCAAGUCUACUUUCACUUGUACAUUAAUGUACAGGGUUUGUAAGAUUUCUAAGUCUGUAUUCUGUUUCAAGCCUACUUCUAAGUAUUUGGGCAUGUACAGAAUUUUAUGAAUUCUAAGUUAGCAGGAUUUUAGUCUGCUUGUAAGUUUGAUCUGUAAUACAGGAAUCCACACAUAUACAGAUUUUUAAGAUUUCAAUGUUCUUAUUCUGAUACAUACCUUUGGGUUGUACAAAGUUAUAAGAUUUCUAAGUUUAUAUUCUGAUACAAGCCUUCUAAGUAUGUAGCCUUGUACGGAAUUCUAAGUUUGCAGUUAGCCUGCUUCUAUGUAAUACAGGAAUUCACAUCUUAUAAGGUGUACGAUAAUUCACAUGGCUAUAAUUUUAAAAGGGUAUUUUGAGCUGGGAUCAGUUCUAAUCCACUUGCCAUACAAGUUCAUUUUAAGCUAGCGAAGCAGGACAUCUUAUAUUGAAUAGCUCUAUAGAGUUAUAACAAAAUUUAUAUAAUUUUCAGAG